CAUUCCCAAGGGAAGGGAGCCCGAGUGGUGCCCGCCUCUGCCGAAGAGGGAACAGUCCCACUGGACAGUGGUUGAAUCUGAAUGACAUCUCUCAAAAGGCAAUGGACUCUCAAAUAGAUGCAAAUUACACUGUGCUUUUCCUAAGGUGUUUUUUCUUUUUUUUUUUUUCCCCCCUCCAAGAUAACCAAAGUUUCCUCUCUCCCUAGCUAGCUGACUGCUGCUAUUAAGGUUGAGCAAAAUGUUCUCAGCUGAUAUCUGUGCCUGUUCCUUCCCAUUAGCUCUGAUAAUGCCCUUUCCUACCAGCUUCUCUUAUUUCUGAGUUUCAGUAUAUAAGGGCACUAAUCAACCUUUUAUCCAACUUACCUGCCACCUUUUGCUGUGGGACCUACUCCUCUCCGGUUUAAGACCUUGACCUUGAUAGAAGGCUUGUGGAUUAACUCCUGAGAGACAUGUAGGUUUUUCUUCUUUCCUUUUUACCCUCAUUUUACAUUAAUGACAAAAAAAAUGGGAAGAAUGCAAAUGAGUGAAUGCCCUCUUUGAUCUGUGUUGCUCCUGAGCAUAAUCUGCUAUCCUGGCAGGCACUAGGCAUGAGUGGAAUUGCUGCCCCCAAGUAGGAAGAAACUUCAACCCCUUUGCAAGCAGCUGCUCAGUUUGGUUGUUGGUUUGGGGGAAGCAAAGAGCCAGAGGAGCCUCGUGCUCCUGCAGAACAGGGGGUGCUGGACACACUGGGGCCAUUCACCUGCUGCUCAUGUCAUGAGAACUAUUCUUUUAAGCGGGGAUAUCUUGAAACCACAAGGAUUUCCACCUACGUUUGAAAGAUACACAGUGAAGCAUUUGCCCUAAAAACAGUACAGCUGGAGCAUCUGGUUCUCUCCAGAGGGACUGUGACAGGAGUUACCUCCAGAAGCCAUUCCCAAGGUGGGACACCGAGCCACCAGCUGGAUGGGGGACAGAACAGAAAGUGGAGACUUUGACUGAGAUUUUGACUGAGGUCCAUCCCUGAGCCUGGAGGCCAUGGGAGUAUUUUGAGGCUUUCACAAUCUACUUCAGAGAGCUCCAGGCUGCUUUCAGCAUCUCCUACAGCCAGAUUGCCUGGACAACAUCCAUCAUGUGUGCUACCACCUAUGGAGGAGGUCCCAUUAGCAGUAUUUUAGUGAACCGCUAUGGCAGCCGCCCCGUGGUCAUGUUUGGGGGCCUUUUGUGUGGUGUUGGGAUGAUCUCAGCUGCCUUCUGCACCAGCAUCCUGCAGCUCUACAUCUGCGUGGGCUUCAUUACAGGAUUUGGCCUUGCUCUCAACCUCCAGCCAUCAGUGAUAAUCAUAGGGAAAUACUUUCUGAAGAGGAGACCCAUCGCAAAUGGCCUUGCUAUGGCAGGGAGCCCUGUGAUGCUUUGCACCCUGGCACCUCUCAACCAAUUCCUUUUUGAAAAUUUUGGCUGGAGGGGCAGCUUUUUAAUUCUUGGGGCAAUUUUAUUAAACUGCUGUGUGGCAGGAGCUCUCUUCAGACCCAUCGGGGCAGCCACGGCAUCAGCCAAAACCCAGGAUGCUCUGACAGGAAAGAUCACUGAAGAUGCCAUGGAAAUGGGUAGUCCCAAAAAUGUCCCCAUGGAAAAUAAAACAGAAGAAGGAGGAAAGGGCUGUUGUGAAAAAAUCAAUCAGUACCUCGAUUUUUCCCUCUUUAAACACAGAGGGUUCUUGAUUUACCUGAUCGGAAACGUGCUCAUGUUCCUGGGUUUCUUUGCCCCCAUUGUUUUUCUGGCACCCUAUGCAAAGCACACUGGCAUUGAUGAAUAUUCAGCUGCUUUCCUCCUCUCAAUCCUUGCCAUCGUGGAUAUGGUUGCUCGACCCACCACUGGCAUCAUUGCAAACAGCAAAUGGGUGAGGCCGCGCAUUCAAUACUUCUUCAGCUUUGCCAUUGCUUUCAACGGUGCUUGUCACCUCCUGUGCCCUCUGGCUUCCAGCUACACGGGGCUCGUUGUCUACUCCAGCUUUUUCGGCCUGGCCUUUGGCAUGGUCUGUGCCAUGCUCUUUGAAACACUGAUGGACCUGGUGGGAGCUGCCCGGUUCACAAGCGCCGUCGGCCUGGUCACGAUCGCGGAGUGCUGCACCAUCCUGCUGGGACCACCUAUUGGAGGAACUCUUAUUGAUACCUUUGGGGACUAUAAAUAUAUGUUCAUUAAAUGUGGAGCUGUGAUGGUCCUGGCAGGAACCUUCCUGUUCAUCAUGAAUUAUUAUAAUUACUGUAUGCUUGCCAAGGAGGAGAAGGUAAAAAAGACAAAAGAAGAGGAUCCUAAAUCUGUAAGGACAGAAAAUGAAGGCAGAAAUAACUGGAACAAAGACACCACACAGGUUGGACCGGAGCUGGAACCCUUGAGAGAGGAACAAGAAGGAGUAAAGAAGGAAAUGAAUGGCACAAAUGAAGUUUAAACCUGUUCUCAUAGGCUGAACAAGAAAUGACUUCUGGGUUUCUUAAGUGAGCACCUGCUGUGAAAUCACAAUAGGUUUUUAAAUUUUGCUCUAUCCACGUGCAUUGUUGUUGUUGUAGGAGAAAACUAGAACAGAAUCAAGUCUUGAUUCUCAUAAAGUGCUGGGACACUGUGCAGUAUCCAUUUGCAUACCAAAGGUCCUGCAAUAUUAUUUUCCUUUAGAUAUUUUCCAUUUCCCAGAGGGGCUGAGUUGGGGUAUAACUGACACCCUGCUGUUAUUCCCUGUACUACAGCUGCACUCAGAGAAAAGACCAGAAAGGUGGUGUUAUGCAGGAGGCCAGGACAAGGCCAACAUACUACAGGAGUCCUUCUUCAAGUGCUUUGUCUGUGUGGGGCAGAAAUUUAGUUUUAAAGGGCUUAAACUUUGAUCUGCUUUCAAACAGUGCAAAUUGAAAUUUACCCUGGGAGGCUACAAAGUCCUUAUUAUCCAAUUUCUGAGUGCCUUACCAUUUUUAGCAUGCUUUUUCUUUACAACACCCUGGUGAGGCAAUAAGUGCUACUACUAUUAAUUAAUUGUACAAAUGAAAGACUGGAGCACAGAGGAGCUAUGGGCAUCAUUGCAUCAGUGAAUAAAGCUUAGACAUGCCAGAGCUGAAAUGGGGAUCCACUGCCCUGAGCUGGAUGCCUAAAAACCCUGCUGAGCGCAGGUAUCCUGUGCUAGAAAAUAGGGAAUACCAUGGAUAGUUGUGCAUUAAACCACAGCCUUCUCUGCAGUGCAGUCUGCUCACUGUGUGCCUCAUGCUACAGAUUAGUGGUUUUAAACACUGUCUCAGAGCUGUGACCUUGUGCCAUGUUUUUUUAACCUGGUUAAGUUGCAUCCAUCCUGGAGGGAAUACAAACACAGCUGCCUCCCCCUUGUCUGGGCCGGGAUAGGCACCUCCCUGGUGCUUGCACUGCAAUACCUGCUGGCCUCAUGCCAUCCUGUGGAAUUAAAUAAAUUUCCCCAGGUCAGUGAUGCAGAGGGGCAGCUGAGGCCACGCAGGAGACUGUCAUCCUGUGGUGAUAAUUUUGAGGUGGGAAGAUCAGGACUCUGACUGAUGUGUUUUAUACUAAGCAGCUGUUGCCCAGGAGCCAUGGGGGCUGAGCAUGGCAUCAUGCUGUUGAGUGCAUCAGGCUUUUGUGGAUUUAACUCCAAGUGACUAGAUAAAAAAUAGGACUUUUCAGGCAGGUCACUCAAAUCUGAAGUCAACACCAGUCCAAAGGCUAGCUCUCCUUUUAAUUUACUUCAUUGGUGCCCAUAUGUGAUCAGAUAGUAUUUUUUUCAUGACUUCGUCACUGAAAAGCUCUAUUUAAUUAUCACUUAUGUACACACUGUGAAGAAAGCCAUGCAAAAAUACUUUCAUAAAUACACUGUACUCUUGAAAUACAUCCUCUUGUACAAAACCUUUUCUGUGAAAUCUUUUAUUUCGCUGAAGAAUAGUGGUCUUUGGCCGUUGUCUUCAGUAGGACUUAAAUUUUAUCCUUAUGUUAUAUCUUGUAUUUUCUCUGAAAAAACCCCAAAGUCUAUAUGAAAUAUUCAGGCCUUUGGUGCUGUGUUUUUAAUACCCUUUAUUUCUGUCAAAUCUACCUGUCAUAUUUCAGUAAAAAAGGCAUUGAAAGAGGUGAACAUUUUCCAAUAUGCCUUCUGGAAGCUUUCAUAUACUUAA